AUGAGUCUAAUAUAUAAUCUGCUUGACAAAUUCAAGCUCAAAAAUGCAGAAAAAACUGAGGAGAGUUCUCAUGGAGAUGUCAACUUUUGUCCCUUCGUCAAUCAGGACAAUAAUAUGCCUAAUCUUCCAAACGAGCCCAUAAAUGGCGUUAAUUUAGACACUAAUCGUGAAGUUUCAUCUAUUCCGAGGGCUGGCCAUAAUCAAAACUGGGUUUACCCCUCUGUUAUGCAAUUUUAUAACGCUUUGGUGCUCAAAGAUAAAAUUAAUGAUGACACUAAGUAUAUGAGUGAGGCUUUGAAGGCACACAACGAGGUUAAUGAAAUUUCCUGGAACGGCAUUCUUAAGUGGGAGAAGUUACAUGAAAAGCAGUGCAAGAAUCCUACAUUGCGUAGAUUCGUCGGCCGUUACAAUAAAAUUAGUCCCAAAUCCAUUCUCAGGAGGGUCUUUACCAGAUACGAAAAGCCUUUCGAUAGGCACGACUGGUACAUCGAUCGGUGUGGCAGGGAAGUUCGAUACAUUUUGGACUACUACGAUGAUCCCAAAUCAUCUAAUUAUUCACAAGUUUAUGUUGAUGUUAGGCCUGCUUUGGAUAGCUGGCGUAAUUUGUACGAUAGGAUACGAUACUCAUUUUUGUCCCUUUUAAGGUUAAUUUAG